CCUGGCAACAUCCGCAGCCUCAGCGCUCUUUUUACGUCCGCACGUUGCGCCGCUCAGCUACAAACACAGAGACAUCAUGGCGGACGUGUUGGACCUUCACGAAGCGGGAGGCGAGGACUUUCCUAUGGAUGAGGAUGGCGAUGAGAGCAUCCACAAGCUGAAGGAGAAAGCCAAGAAGAGGAAAGGGCGAGGCUUUGGUUCAGAGGAAGGAGCCAGGUCCAGAACCAAAGAGGACUAUGAUACAGUGGAGCAAGAUGGGGAUGAGCCAGGACCUCAGAGGUCUGUCGAGGGAUGGAUCCUGUUUGUGACAGGAGUACAUGAAGAGGCCACAGAGGAAGACAUCCAUGACAAGUUCUCAGAGUUUGGAGAAAUCAAGAAUCUGCAUCUCAACCUUGAUCGUAGAACAGGCUACCUCAAGGGCUAUGCACUGGUGGAGUAUGAGACCUACAAAGAAGCCCAGGCAGCCAUGGAAGGGCUUAAUGGUCAGGACCUGAUGGGCCAGCCUAUAAGCGUUGACUGGGGAUUUGUCAGAGGGCCCCCCAAGAACAAGAGAAGGGCUGGUGGCCGGAGACGCAGCAGAAGUCCAGACAGGAGGCGGCGUUGAGUGGAGGAGGCGUCUGUCACUAUGACUAGCAGUUUAACAUCUUCCAUCUUCUCAUCUUCUCCUAAGAAGCUAAUUUUGGAAUUUUUGUACCAUAUUUUUGAGUAACAGUUGUACGGCAUCUACAUGUAAGAUUGCAUAUAUUGAGAUAAGGAAUAACAAAAGAAAUUGGUUUAACAGCACCAUUUGCAGUUACUUCUAACUUAGUUAUGGAGCCUUAAAAGGCAAAGAUAUUUGGAUCUGUUAGUGAAACUACUUUUUUAGUUUCAGCACCAACUGUCAGUAGUACAUGUUUAUGCUUUUCAUGAUUCCCUCAAAAUGUUGUUUUCUCAAUGUUGCGUGCAUUUUAUUCUGAUUGAGUAUUUUGUUUUAUAUGACUUGGGGAAAAUUAAACUUUUUAAAAGGUUAA